AGUACGCAAGUGUCCGCAGCUCAAGGCCUGCCAGUGGACGGAAGCACAGUGAGCGAAGAGCUUGUGUCUCCAAGUGGAAAACAAGACGAAUACAACGAACUGCUGUGCUCUGUGUGAAGAAGACACUUGUCAUUUUAUGAAUCAUCUCUUGAAUUGUCUGUAUAUCUUUUAAGAGGAUUUUGAAGUUGAAGUUUUUCUUGAAUGCCCAAGAAACAGUCAGUACGGUUUUCAACAUGAACAGGAAUAAGCGUGAGAAAGAGUAUUACAGCAUAGAUGUAGGAGAUUCAACAUUCACCGUUUUGAAGCGCUAUCAGAAUCUGAGACCAAUCGGGUCUGGAGCUCAAGGCAUCGUCUGCUCUGCGUAUGACCACGUCCUUGAACGAAAUGUUGCAAUUAAGAAACUUAGCCGACCCUUUCAGAACCAAACUCAUGCCAAACGGGCCUACAGAGAACUGGUCCUGAUGAAAUGUGUCAACCACAAAAACAUAAUUGGCUUGUUAAAUGUGUUCACACCACAGAAGACACUUGAGGAAUUCCAGGAUGUUUAUCUGGUGAUGGAGCUGAUGGAUGCAAACCUGUGCCAGGUCAUUCAGAUGGAGCUGGACCACGAGAGACUCUCCUACCUGCUUUAUCAGAUGCUCUGCGGCAUCAAACACCUACAUGCUGCCGGCAUCAUACACAGGGAUCUGAAACCUAGUAACAUAGUAGUGAAAUCCGACUGUACGCUGAAGAUCCUCGACUUCGGCCUGGCCCGGACGGCCGCCACCGGCCUCCUCAUGACCCCGUAUGUGGUGACGCGCUACUAUCGUGCCCCCGAGGUCAUCCUGGGCAUGGGUUACCAAGCCAAUGUGGAUAUUUGGGCUGUUGGCUGCAUUAUGGCAGAGAUGGUGCGGCACAAAAUCCUUUUUCCAGGGAGAGACUAUAUUGACCAGUGGAACAAGGUGAUCGAGCAGCUGGGCACACCGGCACAAGAGUUCAUGUUGAAGCUGAACCAGUCAGUGAGGACUUACGUGGAGAACAGACCUCGCUAUGCUGGAUACAGCUUUGAGAAGCUCUUCCCUGACGUGCUCUUCCCUGCAGACUCUGACCACAACAAACUCAAAGCGAGCCAGGCCCGAGACUUGUUAUCCAAAAUGCUGGUAAUAGAUGCGUCGAAGCGAAUCUCAGUGGACGAGGCCCUCCAGCACCCCUACAUCAACGUGUGGUACGAUCCGUCAGAGGUGGAAGCGCCGCCACCGGCGAUCACGGAUAAACAACUAGAUGAGAGAGAACACACAGUAGAAGAGUGGAAAGAGCUGAUAUAUAAGGAAGUGCUGGACUUGGAGGAGCGAACGAAAAACGGAGUGAUCCGAGGACAGCCGGCCUCACUAGGUGCAGCAGUGAGCAACGACUCCCAGGAGCCCUCGACGACGUCCUCCUCCUCCACAAACGACGCGUCGUCCAUGUCCAGCGACCCCACCGUGACCUCGGACACGGACAGCAGUCAGGAGACCACAGGACCGCUGGGCUGCUGUAGAUGACCAUCCUCGUGCAUCCCGUUCCCGCUAACAUCCCUCUUCACUGGCAAACGGACACGUGUCCUCCUUUCUUUCUCAAACUCGACAAGUUCUUUUGAAUCGAAAAAGCUUAAGAACGGAGGUAAGAGUUGUUGAGGGCACCAAACCAGCAUUACUUUGACUGCUUUCAUUUGCUGUACUUUAAUUUCGCAUCAGAUUGAAGCUAGCCCCGUGCGACGUCAUCUUGCCAUUUGGAUGUGGAAUGAUUUGAGUAGUUUAUUUGUAAAGAUGGAUGGUGAAUAUAUUUUUGAGAUGUUUUAUUUUUUUGAGAGUCAUUUUAAUCACUAAUUAGUGGAGGUUCUUCCUGGAUAAAUUAACGUUUCCACACUGUUACUAGUGUUUGGGAGUCGGUGCUGUGUAAAACGCAUCUGAUCGGUCUAAGAUGGACGUUUUAUUUGGUUUGGCUUUACAAAAACACAUUUUAAAGCGCUCUUAGGGUCUGUAAGCUACUCUAAUUUCAGUGUACACCAUUUACUCUCUGUAAAAACACAAGUUUUUAAGCGUCACCGUAUGUAAUCUAGUCUGUACAUAUUUCAUUAAGCUUUCUUUCAGCGCUGUACAGUUGUUUGAACACUUCAAUAUAUGAUAUGAAACCGAAAUUGGAUAUUUGGUCCCUGCAUAAGAAACGCUUUUGAUUUCUUUAGUGUCUACAAUCAAACUGCGUAUACCGACGUGAUCUUAUUCGUUAGGCUAUGAGAAAAAAAGAUUUUUUUUAAUGAUGUUAUUUUAGUUGCAGCAAUGGAAACGGUUCAAAAUGGAUCGUAAUGAAAGGACUUGGCAAUCUAACGUUAAAAAAAAAAUCAUUUUAUAAAAAAAAAAUCUUUGAUUAUGUAAUGUUUUGGAAUGUAAUUAUAUCUUAGUGUAUGAAGUGUAAACUCUACUCCUCCUACUGUAAAGAAUACAAUGACUACAAGGUAAAUCCAUCAGAUGUCAUUCAUCAUUGGGCUUUUAUUUUGUUUUCAAAAUGGAGAAAGUGCCUGAGUCAAGCAUUCAUUCCUGAAUGAUUAGAAAGAUGAAGAAAUUUGGGUGAGGUUUUUCAAAGUAAUCCUGUUCAUAUCACGUUGGAGUGUCUAUUUUUCUAUUGUAUUGGACGUGUGUGUGUGUGUGUGUGUGUGUGUGAUGUAGAUCGAAAGGUUGAGAAAGGGACGUUUCCUCAAGCAAGGUCUUUUAUCAAAGUGAUAGCAAAUUGGAACAUUUUUGGUAUGCAUAUAUGGUUUGCAGCUUUAUUUUGUUUAGGGAAAUGUGCAAGAUAUUGCAACAAAUGCUGUAGAUGGGAACUACAUUUCCCAUGAUGCAAUGCUCUCGAACGGACAUGCGUAUGUAUGGUGAUGGUUGAAAGGAUGUAGGAACCGAAGGUUUGUGUUUGCAUAAUGAUCGGCAUAUAUACUCUUUUAUUUGAGUCGCAUCCCGGACGUUUUUUUUUAAGUGCUCUUAAUUUUUUCUUCACUGUCUUUAGGCUAAUGAAUUUUAACUUUUUUUUUCUUUUUAUUUCAUCUCUCAAAAAUGUUAUAAUUCAGAUCAAAGUAGGCUUUGAUGAACUACCUCACUCAAAAUUUCUAGAUUUUUUUUUUUCCGACGUAGUUGCCCGUAAAAUGUUAAUACAGAUUUCAUUAUUUAUUUAUUUCUAAAGUGAACUAUUGUCAAUAGUAGGCAACGUAUAGUUUUGUACAUUAUGUAUACUUCACCUAGAAGUAAAAGAACUGAAAUGUAAAUUUGAUCUUUUUGUUUUUAAUUUUCUUUGUACUCAUUUUUUUUUUACAGUUGUUGUGCAAUACCCACUGCUGUCAUGCUAGUUGUAAUCGCUAGAUCUAGACUUAUUAGUUUUAAAUAUGUACCCAGAGGUAGAGAUAUGUUUGGUACUGUCUGAUAAACAUAUUUUUUUGUCUUUUUAAAUCUGGAUUUUUUUUUUCUUUUGUGGCUUUUUUUCAUCAAUGUUACAUAACCUGUCUUACCAAAAACUAAAUUCUGUGGCUGAUGUUAGCAAGGUUUCAUGUUUAGCCACAGGACUUUGAUCAACCUGGUAAGUUCAAUUUAAAAACAUCUGUAAAAUAUCUUGAAUUACCAAUAUGUUAAGAUUUGGUGCUGGUAUGUAAUAUUUGCUAGCAACGCCAGCUAUUAUUAAAUUGCUAACUCUGUGUGCGCUCAACAGCAUACAGACAAUGAGAAGUGUGCACAAAGAAUGCACUGGGAUCUUAUGAUACCAAUUGUACAUGUACUGCAAAUAAACACCAGUUUGAAUCAGAA